AUGGACAUGGCCACGAUAACCGGUUUCCAGCCGGACUGCAGCAGCUCUCUGAUUGGAGGAGAGCGUUUGGCGAUGGAGACCCAGACGGGGAUGAGGAGCAGGAAGAAGACGCACGCCCCAAAGGGGAGGAGCCAAAACUUUUCCCCGGCAGACUUCUGGCUCCUGCCCUUUGGGGCGUGCGUCUUCUUCCUGCUCCUCAUCCCCGUCUGGGUCUCCAUCGCCAAACGCUCUCCUCCAAUCAGAGAGCUGCUGCAGUCCGGCUGGACACCGGUUAUCGUGGCCAUGUCCAUCAGCAGCUCCUGUCUGAAUAACGGAACCUGCAUUGACGACAUCAACACCUUCUCCUGCCGUUGCCGGCCCGGUUUUUACGGGGACUUCUGCGAGUACGAGCUGAACGAGUGCGACUCGCAGCCCUGUAGGAACGGAGGAACGUGCACCGACGGGCUGGGCGCCUACCGCUGCGCCUGUCCCGUGGGAUACAGCGGACUCAACUGCCAGAACUACGUGGACUUGUUUCUGCUGCUGUUCCUGGGGGAGGAUGAACAACUGGUGGUGAAGAGGAGGGGCUUCUGGAAGUUGAACUGCACAGUUUUGGAGGAGGCGGCUUUCCGUAGUUCCUACAUUGCUCACUAUGGGGUGUGGGUUUUGCUGAAGCCGUGGUUUGGCUCGGUGGUCGAGUGGUGGGAACAGGUGAAGCGCAACACCCGGAUUCUAGCCAUUUUAUACUGCACGGACAAGGCGCGGGCGGGGAGGGAGAAGUUUGAGGGGCUACAACGCUCUUUGCAGGCUAUGGUAGCCACCGAGAAUAGAGGGGGGACGGUGGAUAGGGAGGGGAUGGAGGCCCUAAAGGAGCAACUCGCUCUGUAUUUUAAAGAGAAGGCCAGGGAUUUUUUGUUUCGGUGCAGGAAGGAGUCUUUUGAGUUAGGGGAGGUUUGUGGGGCUUACGUUUUCAAACAGGUUAAGGAGGCCCGUAAGAGGGGGUAUAUAACAGGUCUGCGAGGGAAGGACGGGGACGUAGUUACUGACCAGGAGGGGAUGGUAAAGAUGGCCUCCGACUUUUUCGGGGAGGCAUUUGGGGAGCAGUUGGUUGACUGCUCUGGAGCCAGCCGUUUUCUCAGGGGUUUGGAGGGGAAGUUGCCUGCUGAGGUGGUGGAGGAGUUGGAGCGGCCGGGGGACAUUUUGCCUCCACACUACAGGAAGGUGGUGGGUUGGGCUAGACGCCAUAAGGAGUGUCUGGAAGGGACUUUGUGCCUCAACCACAAGGGCCUCUAUCAAGCCUUGGUUGAGAAACGAGGGACAGUGGGGGUGUCUGGGUGGGGAGUGGGUGGGGUGGUGGCUAGAGUUCGGGGAGAACUGGGGAAGAUGGAGGAGGACAAGUACGGCUACCAUGCGGCAAGAGAAAGAUGA